UUAUUAAUAAUAAGGAUACUUAGGGGUAUAUAAGUAUGUAACAUUUCUGCUAUAAGACCACUGAAGUAUCUUACAUCAGUCAAAUCUUCGCUUCACAAGUUGUUGACAGUAACGUCAGCCGCAGGACCUUCUGAUCCGGAACGAAUCUUUCAGACCGGUUUCGUGAGAAGGUUUAACAGCUACAGUGAAAAGAUUCGACUCAAAAGAACGGUUCGUUCACGAAUUGGGUAUAGCUCGUCAAGGCCUGAGGCGACAUGUGAGCUAUAUACAGUAACGCUUGUUCGCUGUAUCGUCUGAACGUUCUAAUUUUUCCAUGUUCAUUUUCCUAACUUUUCUCCUGCAUUAUUCACGUGUAGGUUUCCGGAAUUUUUAAAUGACUUAAUGUCUAGAAUAACAGUGAGAACUGGCAUAUGGACAUAACUAUAAAAUAAAUAGCUAACACAGUCAACAUUUGGUAUUUUCUCACCUACAGUCUGAUAAUUGCAACAUAGAGGCCUUCAGGUCGUUUCUGUGCGAACAGAAGUAAUAAACACCUCUGCAUAAGCAUGUUUAAAGGCAAAACAGCAUGGUUCUCCGGCAGUGUUGGACAGGGGGUGACCAGCUUCUGGGUUUCUGAAGGGGGAGCUCUGUCCUCCUGGAGAACAGCAGAUUACCUCUUCAGUGCUGAUGCCUCUUCUGAAGACACUGAAAGGAUAUAUGAAAGUGAGGAUUAUGUAGAGAACAGGGCGACGGUUUUCCACAGCAAUUUUGUGUCAGCAUGUAAACCCCGCCAGAGUGUAAAAUCUGUGCCUAUUGGCCACUAUGUGCUGCCCCCCGCCUCUAUCCAGAAUGAACUGAGAGUGCUCAUUGGAAGGUUCAUCUGGGAAACAGAUGAACAGGUGAUGAGUGAAGAACAGAUAAAUACUGAAGAGUCUGAAGACAGACUAUCUGAUAAGACUAAAGAUCAACCAGGGACAGAGAAGAAGAGCCAGGAUGAUUACGAGACUGUUGCAUCACCGAUCAAAGUGUGUUCAUGUUGUGAGACGCUGCAAUAUCCAGUAAACAACAUGAUCUCAGGGUAUGUUCAUAUUGACCAAAUGAAGAAGUAUUCAGGGGAACUUUAUGAUUUUCUUCCCUCCCUCCAUGGCCAUAACAUUUCAAGAUCUAAUGACGUGACACCUCCUCAUUGUCACAAAGAAAUGUAAUAUAAGAUGCUUC